AUGACAUGUGAAAGUCAUCUGGCACGUAAGAUAGCCAGAAUUAUGAUGAAACAUAGAGCUGUCACUAAUAAUAAUUAUGAUAUCGCAUUGGCGCCAGGUCUCGCUCUCACAUUCUUUGGCUCUGUUUUAGUUCUUUUCACUUGUCCAAUAACAACUCGAAGAUUAGUUGUUGAUACUGACAGACUAGAGCAAGAUUUUGAACAAGGUUCCGAACAAGAUUCCGAACAAGAUCAAGUUAUUAGCAGUUUAAGACUUCAAGCUCAAAUUCGAGAACUUACUGAACGAUUAAAUCGAAUUGAGAAUGGACAACAUAGAGAAACAAGUGCUCACGAAAUAAUUUAUCUUGGUAGAAGAUGA